CCCCUGUCCCCAUCGCCCUCUCCAGCUAAUAUGGCGGGCUUCAAACGGGGGUACGAUGGCAAGAUCGCCGGCCUGUACGACCUGGAUAAGACGCUGGGCCGCGGCCACUUCGCCGUGGUCAAGCUGGCGCGUCACGUCUUCACGGGGGAGAAAGUGGCGGUCAAGGUGAUCGACAAGACUAAGCUGGACACGGUGGCCACGGGUCACCUUUUCCAGGAAGUCCGCUGCAUGAAGCUGGUCCAACACCCAAACAUUGUGCGCCUGUACGAAGUGAUAGACACUCAGACCAAGCUGUACCUCAUCCUGGAGCUAGGCGACGGAGGGGAUAUGUUUGACUACAUCAUGAAACACGAGGAGGGGCUGAAUGAAGAGCUGGCUAAGAAAUACUUUGCCCAGAUCGUCCACGCCAUCUCCUACUGUCACCGGCUGCACGUGGUGCACAGGGACCUCAAGCCGGAGAACGUGGUGUUCUUUGAGAAACAAGGCCUGGUCAAGCUCACAGACUUUGGAUUCAGUAACAAGUUCCAACCGGGGAAAAAGCUGACGACCAGUUGUGGAUCUCUGGCGUACUCGGCACCGGAAAUACUACUGGGUGAUGAGUAUGAUGCUCCAGCUGUAGAUAUCUGGAGUCUAGGUGUGAUCCUGUUCAUGCUAGUAUGCGGCCAGCCCCCCUUCCAGGAGGCCAACGACAGCGAGACCCUCACCAUGAUCAUGGAUUGUAAAUACACUGUACCGGCCCACGUCUCCAGCGCCUGCAAAGAUCUGAUAGAUCGUAUGCUUCAGAGGGACCCCAAGCGCCGAGCAUCCCUAGAGGAGAUCGAGAGCCACGCCUGGCUGCAGGGCGUGGACCCGUCCCCCGCCACCAAGUACAACACUCCCCUGGUCUCCCACAAAAACCUGUCAGAGGAGGAACACAACAGCAUCAUCCAGCGCAUGGUGCUGGGAGACAUCGCAGACCGAGAGGCCAUCGUAGAAGCCCUGGAGACCAACAAAUACAACCACAUCACAGCCACGUACUACCUGCUAGCAGAGAGGAUCCUGAGGGAGAAGCAGGAGAAGGAGGUCCAGACUCGCUCCUCCAGCCCCAGCAACAUCAAGGCACAAUUCAGGCAGUCCUGGCCCACCAGAGUGGACAUGCACCAGGAUAUAGAGGACAGCUUGGCGGCGUCCUCCAUCUCCCACGCCGGAGGUCCUCAGUCUCCAGCCCGCAGCGCCGAGAACCUGCUCAACGGACACCGCUCCAAAGGCCUGCUGGAGCUGAGCCGACGAGAGGAAACCACAGUGACGGACUCGGCAGGUCCAACACAGGAAGCCGGUGCUGCCGCCGCCUCAGGCUCUGCUCCCGGGUCUGGCUCCGGGCCCCACAGGACCCCCGCUCCUUCCACCUCAGCUGGAGCCAAGCAGAGAACGUGCUUAUUCAGGGUGGAGGAGGAUGAGGAGGAGGAAGAAGAGCAUGACCAGGCCCCCCUCCCGACCCAGGUGAUCCUGCGGCGUAAGCCCCCCUCCAUCACCAACCGACUGACCUCCAGGAAGAGCGCCCCGGUGCUGAACCAGAUCUUUGAGGAGGAGGGCGAGUCGGACGACGACUUCGACAUGGACGAGGGUCUGCCGCCCAAACUCAGCCGCCUCAAGAUGAACAUGGCGGGAAAUGCGGCCAGCCUGAGCUCCGGGGCCUCGUCGUCCCCGGGGUCCUCGCAGAAGCGCUACCACCGGCGCAAGAGCCAGGGCCGAGGCUCGUCCUGCUCCAGCUCGGAGACCAGCGACGACGACUCAGAGAGCCACCGCAGACGCCUGGACAAAGACUCGGGAUUCAACUACGGCUGGAACAGAAGGGACAGCAGCGAGGGGCCGCCCGGGAGCUCGGGGGGCAAUGGGGGAGGCAGCAGCUCAGGGCAGGGGAAACCUCCCGGAGAGGGAGGGGGCACCUCUGGUCCUGACAGGGGGAGUCCUCCUGGAGGGGGUGGGAAUGGAGGAGGAGGGGGAGGCGGAGGGGGAGGUGGAGGAGGAGGGGGUAACAAAGGACAGGACAGCCCCUCCAGUUGUUGUAACAACAGCAGCACCACCGCCCCCUCCCUCACCGCUCUGUCCCGCUCCUCCCGCACCGCCAGCCGCAGCACGGAGCUGGUGGAGAGCCUGAAGCUGAUGAGCCUGUGCCUCAGCUCCCAGCUGCAGCACCACCGCGGUGGGCGGGCGGGUCGAGGAGGGGGCGGAGGCGGGGGCGGAGGGAAGUUCAUCAUAGACCCUCGCAGCCUCUCGGGGGGGAGCGUGAAAAUCCAGGAGAAAUCCACCUGGAGGAUGUGCAUCGGCUCCACCGGGAGCCUGGACACCAUCACCCUCCCCACCACCAACACCUCCUCCUCCAACACCGCCCUGCCUCGCUCGCACGUCGCCCAGCACCACCGCAAGGGGGCGCUGCACGGCUCCCCCGGCCUGCAGGCGGCUCCGGGCAGCAGGGACGCACACAGCAACCUGAGCGCUCUGAAAAACGGCGUGCUACAACUACCUCUGUGUGAGAAGACCAUCUCUGUUAACAUCCAGCGGGGCGGGGGCUCCAGAGAUGGUCUGCUCUGUACCUCAGCUCCAGCCAGCUGCUGCCAGGUCAUCUGAGGCUCCCACCCUCUGUCGGACCAUCACCCCAACACCACCACACACAGCCGGACCCGCCCCACCC